AUGGUCUUAUUCGUUUCUCUGGCCAUCUUAUUGGUGACAGCCAGGUUGAUAUCGGUGAGAGUAAUAUCCAACGGGUCGGUAUUGGACUCCACAAUAACAGGUUCCGAAUGGCUCAGCUUCUCAGACGAGUCUCCCGACUUGACCUCACGGGCCAUGCUGAUAUCCACCGGCUUCAACUUGAGAAUCAAACCUGCAACCACAAACGUCCCAAGAAAAAAUGCAAUCAGCACUCCAAACGGCAGAGCUAUCCAAUUCUCCCAAAACCCAAGAGUCCGCGUGAUGUACUUCCCCGAAAACGCCUCGCAGAUAGAGUCCACGUCCGGGUUGCCAGCGUACUGCUUGAAACAGUCUCCCUUGAACCCGGUAAACUCAUUUGACACCAACAGCCCAAACGAAUACCACUGGUACGCAAUGUACUUGCACCAGCGCACGUACACAGGCAUCUGCUUGGCGUUCACGUACAUACCGUUGGUCAUUGUUUGGAACGUGAAGUUGAGGUUGCAGAUCAGCGUCGCGAUGGCCACGUCACGUGACAGCGCCGACGCAACCAUGGCAAAUGCCAUCGAGUUGAGGUGGAACAUGAUGCUUGCGGCAAAGUAG